AUGUUCUAUGCUUCCUUAUUUCUGAGCAAACGUGGGCCACUGGCUAAGAUAUGGCUUGCUGCCCAUUGGGAUAAAAAGCUAACAAAAGCUCAUGUCUUUGAGUGCAAUCUGGAGGCUACUAUUGAAAGCAUUAUUUCACCCAAGAUUAAAAUUGCAUUGAGAACUUCAGGCCACCUUCUUCUAGGAGUGGUGAGGAUUUACAAUCGAAAGGCAAAAUAUCUCUUGACAGACUGCAAUGAGACAUUCACAAAAAUUAAGGUGGCCUUUCGACCAGAUAUCGUGGACCUUGAUGAAGAAAACCUUGAAGCCACAUACAAUGCCAUAACACUACCUGAAGAGUUUCAUGAUUUUUCUAUUCAGCUGCCAGAUGUGGAUGCAAUUGAUGUUGCUGAGCACUUUACAUUAAACCAGAGUACAUCUGAUGCCAUCACCCUUAAAGAAAAUAUGUGCAGUAUUCUUCAAGAUAAUGGAUUUGGUGAUGGUUAUGGGAUGUUAGGGAAUAUUGGUAUCCUGGAUGACAAUGUAAUAAGCACAAGUGAAUCAUUGCUUCCUCAAACACCAGAAAAUAAUUCUGGUACUUCCAUGAAAGGAUUCAUGUUAAGCUAUGAUAAAAGCAGCUUUCAGAAUGAUGGAUUUGGUGAUGAGGGAGCAGCUUGUAUGUUAGAGGAGCUUCUCAGUGGUGAAGCCGAGGAUCCUUUUGUGGAUUUUACAGACACUAGCAGUAGCAAUAUUAAAGACCUACCAAAUCUGAAGCCUCAAACUGUUAAGGCUGGUGAUUCGGAUGUUCCUGGUCCAUUACUUCAGACAGAGAGUGCUGUAGGUGAUGAAACUACUCUGCUGUGCAAUGAAGAGUACUGUUUUACCUUGCAGCCAAUUGAUACCACUGUUUCUUCAGAAAGAAGACGGGGUAAAAGGAGGCGGAAGCUUAUUGUGGAUUGCAUUAAGGAACUGGAUAGUAAGACCAUUCGUGAUCAAAUUGAGGACUUUUCUGAUACUAUCACAACCAUAGAACUGGCCCCACCUACCAAGAAGCUAAUGAUAUGGAAAGAGACAGGUGGAGUUGACAAACUGAACACUCUACCUGCCCAGCACCUAAUAAAUUGCAGAUUAUUAAAGUUGUUCAGACGUUGCCUUAGAAAAUGUCUACCUUGGGAGAAAAACAAUCAGAAUGAUGCUCUGGAGGGAACAUAUGAUAUUGAACAAACAAGAAGUGAGGAACAUGUAAUUGAUUUGCAUAUUGUGGAGGAACCUUGUGUUUUGCAAGAUUCUCUAAUAACUGAAUCCAGAAGAAGUAGCACUGAUCACAGACCGAUAUCUGUCCACAAAGUGUGUGAAGACCAUGAAAGUUUAUUUGAAAAAGAGAUCUAUGAUUUGGAACAAUCUGACUCUGACUUAAUGCAGGUGGAUCUCCCUCUGGAGGAGUCAUUAGUUAUUCAGCUUUCUGUUGGAGAAGAGAGAGAAAGUGAACAAAAUGAAAUUGCAGAGAACCAAAGUCGAGCAAGAGAUCAGGAUUUUGAAGAGUCACGUAGCAACCAAAGAACACAGCACCUUUGGCAUACCCUGCGGCGGAUCCAUCUCAAAACAGGUGAAAAGUUCUUCAGCAUUCAGGAUCUGUGCAGGAAUAACAAUUGCAAACAGGCUGCUACGAAAUUCUAUAGCUUCCUGAUGCUCAAGAAGCAGUUAGUGCUUGAACUUUCCCAAAAGGAACCCUAUAGUGACAUCGUUGCAACCCCAGGAGAACUGUUUAAUCGCUGAGUGCUUAAUGAUAUUCCAUUGCUCUUUUCAAAUAGCCUUCAAAGUUGCAAGUACU